UUUGUUAACUUUGUAAUCUUGGUUUUUGCUUGUACAAAAACUUUACAACUCUCUCAUAAUCUCAUUAAUCUAUCAUCGAUGUCCUUUUAUGAAGACCCAAUGUUUACAAUCUCUCUCAAUUAUUUAUAAAUUAUACAAGGGGUAGUUGAGGCUCUUCUUUUAUACCAAGAAGGGUAGAUAAAUAGGAGGACCCAAUAUUAUAGGCCAAUACAGCUCUCCCUCUCCCUAUAGACAAGCAGAAAACUUCACACAAGAAUCUUUAAUUGUUCUUCGUUCUUUCUUUGCACAAACUUACUCAAGAAAAGCCAGAGAAUUAAUGGCUCCUAUACUGUCUCAUGACUCAAUGAAAAGAGGAGUUAAGCCACUUGAAAAAAGUGUGAAUAUGAUCACCACUAAGAAGGAAGUCAACAAGGGAGCUUGGACAGCUGAGGAAGAUAGAAAACUGGCCGAGGUUAUUGCAGCUCAUGGCCCCAAAAGAUGGAAGACCAUUGCAGUUAAAGCAGGCAUAAAUCGAUGCGGUAAGAGUUGUAGACUAAGAUGGAUGAACUAUCUGAGACCAAAUAUCAAGAGAGGGAAUAUAUCCGACCAAGAAGAAGACUUGAUACUUAGGCUACAUAAGCUCUUAGGCAACAGGUGGUCUUUGAUAGCUGGAAGAUUACCAGGUCGAACAGAUAAUGAGAUAAAGAACUACUGGAAUUCUCGUUUGAGCAAGAAAAUAAAUCAGAAAGGGAUGCAAAGUGGAGGGUCACCAAGAGAAGGCAUUAUUAAUAAUCCUAAAGCUGAAGGAAUUACAAAAGUUGUGGAGAAGGUCAGUAUACAAAUGGUUAAUGAAGAGAGUAAUAAUACUUCAACAAAUAUUGGAUGUGAACAUUCAAACAUCGGGUUCAAUGUGGAUGAGUUCUUUGAUUUCUCCAAUGAGGAUCCACUAAACUUGGAAUGGAUGAGCAAUUUUCUUGAAUUCUGAUUGGUCACUUUUCAGUGGAACAAUUGUAAACUUUUCUCUGCAAAAUUCUGUUGCAGUUAGUUAAUGCUAAUCAAUUUGUAUGUGUACUGAUUUCCAUAUGAAUAAUCUAUAAAAUUUAUUAUCUUA